CUCGUGAUUCGGCACUGCCGAAUCACUCAUUUACUCCACUCCAGCUUGCAACGACGCCCAAGUCUCCCGUGUCCGUACCACGGCUGCUCCCAAGGCUUUCUUUGAUGGGAUGAGGUGUGGUCGGCAGACGAGUACGGAUACCGUCAUACCAUAUCCCGAGUCAAGUCAAACUUAGGAAAACCCGCUUUGGGAAAAGUUUAGCGGUUGUGGGAAUUUGACCUUAUUUCUAAGAUACGGUAAGGGGAUAUUAGGGGACGAAUUAGAGGGCAGAAGAGGGGAAGUGUGGUGUACACGUGAGGAAGCGAUAACUAAACCCGAAACCUAGGAAAGAGAAGGGAAGAAAAGGGAAGGGAUACAGAUUAGAGAGAAAGCCAACCAGCCAACCAGCAACAUUAGCAGCAGCCAGACCAGCUGUAGCGAGCGAAACUAUGGAUACAAGCCAAACCAACCCAGAUCAGACAAUGCCCGAGUCAAGCCGUAGUCGUCGCCGAACGGCGUUCAUAUCCGGCCCGGUGGACGCGUCUCCAGAUUACUUCUCCACACACUACAUCCCGCUCCUGUUCCCCGCCAUCGCAGCCGGGGAUGCAUUCAUCAUGGGUCCAGUCCCCGGCAUCGACACCCUGGCUCUGCAUUUCCUGCUCUCGCAAUCCGUGGACCCGGCACGUAUCACUGUCUUCAUGGCGCAUUUUGAGUACGCGGAUGAGCGGUGGCGGAAGAGGUAUGAGGAGCUGGGAGUAGGUAUUAGAGAUGUAGAAGAUGCGCAGACGACAGGAGAGAGGGAUGCGGCUAUGACGGCGAAUAGUGACUAUGAUAUCCUGAGAUAUCGGAAUGAGGAGGAGGCUAAAGAGUGGUAUGGUGAGAUGUGGUGGCCCAGGGUUAGUAAUACUGAGAUGAAUGAGAGAAGGAGAAUGGGGGUGGUGAGUAAGGCGUAUAAUCUUAGGGGGAGUGUGGCGCAGGCACCGGUUGUCCAGAGGGAGGGAGAGGGGGACGAGAGGAAGGAGCAGAAGCGGAAAGAGAGGAAAUCGAUAGGGAAGUGGAUGCUGGGUAUGCUUGCCAAAAAGUGAUACCAGCUUAUGGAUGCAAGGACGGCUCUGCUGCAAUGUAGGUACGGAGUACACACAUAUAUGUUCCGUAUGGUCACGACACAUUCAGCACAGUCAGCUGCAAAAAGAUAAUUAAUCUUCUGGAGAAUGUGGCCCUGUCCCUGAUGAUGAGAGGAAACCUCAUAGAUUGCAGUUACAGAAGCAGAAUCAUAGAGAGAAGUAGGAAGUUGAUAUAGAAGAGGAUGUUGCAUAUGUUUGCUAAGAAGAA